AUGGGUCUCUUCCGCUCAGCCCUCUUGGGCCUGUUCGCAAUUGCAGCAGCCGUGAUUGCGCCCGCAGUAAUUCACAUGGUUCAAGUCCAUGGGAUUUUCUUGACACCCAAGCAGACGGUGCUCGGCGAAGGGCAAGGCCCUAUUUACAUUCCAGACACUAUCCACUGCGAAGACUUACACCACUAUCGUCCGGCAAACUUGCUGUUCACAGCGUGCGAGGAUGUGAAGACAACUCGGUUCAAAUGGUUCCCUGGUCUUGGACAUCUGGACGCUGAAUCAGCGGGGCAGGGUUCAAUUCAUGUGGUGGAUCCCAAGACCUUCACCUCCGACCGCUUGGCCUUCAAGAACUUCAAUGGCGCUUUCAUUACACACGGUAUCGACGUCAUCGCCGACCCUGACCAGGACGAUGCCGUGUAUAUCUUUGCCGUCAAUCAUCUUCCUAACCCCAAAUACGCACAAAACACAAUCCCGGACACCCCGGCCGCACGCUCCCAGAUCGAACUCUUCCACCAUGUCCUAGGCUCAAAGACCGCCCGGCAUGUCCGGUCCAUACGGCACGCACUCAUCCAAACUCCUAACGACAUCGCCGCCCUUAGCCCUUACUCUUUCUAUGUCACCAAUGAUCACUUCUAUCGCACCGGCUUCCUCCGCCUGCUUGAGGAUGUCUGGCCUGCCGCAAAAUGGACCAAUAUCAUCCACAUCCAGCUGCACCAGCUGCAGCACACGGACCCAACCGGAGGCCUUGAGGCCACCAUUGCCCACUCCGGCCUAUGGAACAACAACGGCCUUGGUCACGCCCGCACCGACUCUGAGCUAGUUGUUUCCUCUGCCAUGGGCGGUGAGCUGUACCUUGCGACCCGCAACCUGGAGAACACCUCUAUCGCCGUGCACACGACCAUCCCGAUUGGCACGCUCACUGACAACCCCAGUUACUUUGUUGACCCAUACAACUCAGACACUGACGAUGCGAGUGGGUUCGUUGUCGCUGGUAUUUCACGGGCAGUGACUAUGCCCCGCACAGCGAGCGAUCCGGAUGCGAUGGACCCAGUGCAGGUGUGGUAUGCGCGGUUGGGCAGUGAUGGCUGGGAGAGGAAGUUGUUGUUUGAAGAUGAUGGCUCGCGGAUCCGGACGGCCAGUGCGGCGGUACUGGUGCCAGUUGAACCGGUGGGGGGUGUGAAGAGGGCGUGGUUGUUUGUGACGGGGUUUUUGUCGGAGAGUAUGAUUGCAGUGGAGGUGGAUUUGUAA